UUUAAAGAUGGCGGAACACCGCCACUGGAUUCGCUAAAAGAAGAACGUUUUGUUUUGGUUCCGUCCAGCGUGUAGAUGUGGGGUCACUGCGACAUGAUUGGAAGCUUGGUGCAGCGCUAAAAACACCACUGGUUGUUCCUGGUCACUUUACAUGCUAUUACAAGGCCCAGUCAUGAGCAGCAGAAGGAAGAAAGCCCCUCCCGUGAGGGUGGAUGAAGAAGCCAAAGAGAAGCUGAACUGGAACAUGCUGGAUGACCGCAAGAAUGAGGUAAUUCUUGUGGAUGAUGAAGACCAGACACUGACCUGCUCCUCCCUGCCCAGCGACCCCACACCCAGCAGCUCCUCUAUCUUCACCACUAAGGACAACACAGAGGAUGAAUGUUCAAGCUCUGUCCAGUUCACGGAAGAACUUCCUAGUACGUCCUCAGAGGUCACUGGUAUCUCAGUCUCUCUGACACUGUCUGUUGUUCCAGCAUCUAAGCUGUGUCAUGUUUGGAGAGCGCUCAUUGGAGAGUUUAGUGUCCGACCAGCAUGGCUUCCAUCAGACUGUAAGCAGAAAUCCUUCACACUUCACAGGAUAGGGGAGCAGCUGUGUCUCAGUUAUAGCAGUUGUGAAGAGUCUCCAGGGCUGCAGUUGAGGCCUGAUGAGGACACAUGCACAGCAGAGUGCAGCCUCAGUCGAAUCCCACUAGAAGACCUCGACUGGAUGCAGAAACGGAGGGUGGUUCAGCUCUGCCACCAGGUGAAGGAAGACUUGCUAAAGGUGGGAAUUUACCUCCUGGAAACUGGGCUUGGAAAACCAGAGUUCCUCAGUGUGGGAAAUGCCCGUCUGAAGAAAGCAAACCAACUCAUGCAAAAGCUGAUGGAAUAUUUUUAUGAUUUCAUAAUUCCUGAAGUUGUUGAAAAUGAGGAGGAGGAGUGUGACACAGACCUGGAGAGGCAGAAUGUGGAGGAGCUCUAUGACUAUGUCAGACAUCUUCACCAGAGGGAAACCCAGGAUGUGACCUAUGACAUCCAGCACAAGGCCCUGAUCCCUGUGCUCAGACCAUAUCAGAGCCAAGCUGUUAACUGGAUGCUGAAGAGAGAGAAAUACAGAAACUCAUCACCUAAAGAACAAUCCUUACAUUUCCUUUGGAGAGAGUUGGUCACUCUGUGUGGAAAGAAAGUUUUCUACAACCCUUUUACUGGCUGCUUAAUUCGAGAGUUUCCGUUGGCUGGGAUCGAGUGGCCUGGUGGGAUCCUGGCAGAUGAGAUGGGGCUCGGAAAGACUGUGGAAGUUCUGGCUCUCAUCCUGUUUCACACUCGACAGGAUCUGGAGCAGGAAGUGCUCACCCUGCCAGAAGGAAAAUCUGUGAAUUAUUUUGUUCCUCCACCACCGUUAGAAAGAAAGACAGUCUGCAAGUCUGAGGUCCAGCCUAAGAUGAAAAUUUCCCACCCAACUGUGCGAAUAAUGCUGCUCACUGCAAUAAAGGAGAUGAGAUCUGGUAAAGGAGCCUCAGUCAAUGCUGUGUUCACUUACAUCCGUGCCACCUAUGGUUAUGACCUGUUAAAGAACCGCAACCACAUCAAGAAGACAUUGAACAAGCUGAUCGACGAAGGCCUAGUGAACAGGGUUAAAGGUCGAGGCCUGGCGGGAUCAUUCAAGCUGGGAAAGAACUACAAGGAAACAAAGAAGAUGUUGUCGACACCAUCCAAGUCUAUUUCAAAAUCCACAGAGAGCUCACCCAGGAAAAUGUUUCAGAGACGAGCAAAAGAGAAGGCAGAAGCAGCUCUUCACAGCUCUCUGACAGAGGAUGAAGGAGAUCUGAGUCUUCUGACGUCUGAUUGUGCAGCACCAGUGGAAAAAGAAAGGAAGGAACAGUGGAAUGAGGCUGCUGGUGAGAAAACAGAGCAGCACGAUGACACACUAGAUGUGUCUGCAUCAUCAUUAGAUGUAUCACUAGAUAAAAUUGACUCAAUGGACAUGUCCAGAAUGGAUGACAUAGUUGAAAGACAAAGAGAAGAUCCUUGCCUGGUAGAAACAGAACCUCCCACCAGAGCUUCGGCGGUGCCUUUCAACACCCCCGACUACCGCUUUGAGUGCAUCUGUGGUGAACUGGGAAUCGUUGACUACAAGGCCCGCGUGCAGUGUUUGAACUGUCAGCUGUGGCAGCACGCUGAGUGUGUGAAUUACAAGGAGGAAAGUCUGGACACGACACCUUUCUAUUGUCCUCACUGUCUGGUUGCCAUGAAACCAGUCUCAACUGGAGCCACGCUCAUCAUCUCACCCAGCUCCAUCUGCCACCAGUGGGUGGAGGAGAUAAAUCGACACAUCAGGUCCUCCACCCUACGUGUGCUGGUUUAUCAGGGUGUAAAGAAACAUGGCUUCAUCCAGCCUCACAUGCUGGCUGAGCAGGACGUCGUCAUCACCACCUACGAUGUGCUGCGGUCUGAACUCAACUACGUCGACAUUCCCCACAGCAACAGCAAGGACGGACGGCGAUUCCGUAACCAGAAGCGGUACAUGGCAGUUCCCAGCCCCCUAGUGGCUGUGGAGUGGUGGCGCAUCUGUUUAGACGAAGCCCAGAUGGUUGAAUGUCCAACUGCAAAGGCUGCUGAGAUGGCUCUGCGUCUAGCAUCCAUCAAUCGCUGGUGUGUCAGUGGAACUCCUGUCCAGAGAGGUUUAGAAGAUCUGUAUGGUCUUGUUCUUUUCUUGGGAGUUGAUCCUUACUGGGUAAAGUACUGGUGGCACCAGCUGCUCUAUCGGCCUUAUCGCCAUGGAAACACAGAACCUCUGUACAACGUCGUCUCUCAGUUAAUGUGGCGAUCAGCCAAAAAAGACGUCAUCGAUCAGAUCCAGAUUCCCCCUCAGACAGAGGAGGUUCACUGGUUGCGUUUCUCUCCUGUUGAGGGUCACUUCUAUCACCGUCAGCAUGAAGUCUGCUCACAGGACGCUCUAGUCAAACUCAGGAAGCUCUCCGACUGGAGCCUGAAGCUUGGCAGCCUGGACCGUCGUACCGUCAACACCAUCCUGUGUCCACUGCUGCGUCUGCGUCAGGCCUGCUGCCACCCACAGGCAGUGAGGGGGGAAUUCCUGCCUCUGCAGAAAAGUACCAUGACAAUGGAGGAGCUGCUAAAGUCCCUGCAGAAAAAAUGUCGAGUGGAAUGUGAAGAAGCACACAGACAAUUGGUGUGUGCACUCAAUGGCCUGGCUGGAAUUCACAUCAUCAGAGGUGAAUUUGUAGAAGCCACAGAGAUGUAUAGAGAAGUGCUGCGCUCAUCAGAGGAGCACAAGGACAGACUGAAGACGGAUUCUUUACAGCGACUUCACGCAACCCGUAACUUGAUGGAGCUGCUGGAGGCAAAGCACCCUGGUAUUCCGCCAACGCUGAGAGACGAUCGACUCAGUGAGGAGGCUGAGCAGCUCCGACAGCACUACAUGACCAAAUAUGACUCUGAGGUGGCAGAUGCUUACCAUGCUCUGCAGCCAGUGUUACAGAACAUCAAGGAGCUCAGACGCAAAGUCAAAGUCAACUCCCCCUGGUGGCUGGAUGUGAUUCAACGGGCGAUCCGCUGCUCCACUGACGACGAUCUAGUGUCUCGCAUUAAGAAUGAGCUGACCAGCUACAAACAACAGGCCAGCAAAAUGUCCAUGGCUGACAAGUUCCGCGACGCCUGUGGUUUGCAGUUCCUGCUCAACUCACAGAUGCAGGAUCUGAUGAAAUCCCAGAAGACUGUGCAGGACGCAGUGAAGAAUCUUGAAGGUCCUGCUUCUCAGAAAGUGAUUGAUGAGGUCACCAUUUGUCACCUCAGGCCCAUGAGGCUGCCACUGAACAACUGCGUCUUUUGCAAAGCAGAUGAACUUUUUGUGGAUUAUGAGUCUAAGCUCUUUUCUCACACAGUGAAGGGUCAAACGGCCAUCUUUGAGGAGAUGAUUGAAGAUGAAGAAGGGCUGGUGGACGACCGUCUGCCCACCACCAGUCGAGGUCUGUGGGCAGCCAGUGAGACCGAGCGAACUCUGAAGGCCAUUCUGUCUUUUGCCAAAGCCAAGCGUUUGGAUCCAGAGCUGGUGGAAGAGGGAAACACUUUCAUGGAACUAUUUGAGAACUGGAAGAAAGAGUACAAGGUUCUACACGAGUACUGGAUGGUUCUGAGGAAUCACGUGUCGGCCAUCGAUGAGUUGGGAAUGGCUACGGAGAGGCUACGUGUUCGCCUACCGGACGAGCCAAAGCCAAAGCUGCUGCACAUCAUCGAGCCACAUGAGGUGGAGACCAACAGAGUGAAGCUGGUCAACGACCAGGCCGUGGCCAAGUCUCAGCUUCAGAAGAAACUGGGCCAAUUUCUGUACCUCACAAACCUGGAGAAGUCUCAGGACAAGUCUACUGGAGGACUGAACCCUGAGCCGUGUCCUAUCUGUGCUCGACCACUAGGGCAGGAAUGGGCAGUGCUGACCUGUGGCCACUGCUUCUGUAACGAGUGCAUCUCCAUCAUAGUGGAGCAGUACAGCACUGGCUCCAGGCGACGUGCCAUCAAGUGCGCCAUCUGUAGGCAGACUACGUCACACACUGAGAUCUCCUACGUGUUUACCACACAGUCAUCCAGCCAGGACCAGGAGAUCCCAGUGAAGGGAAGCCACUCCACUAAAGUGGAGGCGGUGGUGAGAACACUGAAGAAGAUUCAAGUGACCGACCCUGGGGCCAAGUGUCUGGUUUUCUCCACGUGGCUGAGUGUUCUGGACAUCAUCGCCAAGGCCUUGUUUGACAACAACAUGGAGUUUUCACAAAUAAAUGGCAUCCACAAAUUUCAGGAGAAUCUGAGCUCGUUCAAAUACGAAGACAAAAUCAACAUUCUUCUCCUUCCUCUCCACACGGGCUCCAACGGCCUGAACAUCAUCGAAGCUACUCACGUGUUGCUGGUUGAACCCAUCCUCAACCCAGCUCAUGAGCUCCAGGCCAUCGGCCGAGUUCACCGCAUUGGUCAAACCAAACCAACAUUUGUUCAUAGAUUUCUGAUCAAGUCAACCAUUGAAGAGAGAAUGCAGUCGAUGCUGAAAACAGCUGAGAAGAGUCACACCAGCACAGCCAUGAAGCACUCGGAGGCUGCAGUACUGACAGUGGCCGACCUCGCUGAUCUGUUCACCGACGACACUGAACCUCUGGAGUGAGUCUGAACACUGGGAGCUGCACAGGAUGCUGAAGAGUCAAAGUCAAACGUUUUCUACAAAUGGACUGAUUAAAUUGAAAUUUUCUGGUUGGACCAAAAAAAAGAAAAUGUAGUCGACUACAAGUCAAAACUGUCCUUUUUUAGACAACCAUAGAUCAGAGACGUCCUCCAUCACAGCCAGGAGGCAGAGAGCUACACUGACUGGUUGAUAGGACAUUUUUGAGACUCAUGGAGUGGUUUGAUUGGAUGAAACCAAUCCUGAAAUUUGAAAUGAAGAUUCCAGAAUCAACACAGAAAUUAUGACGUAGGGUAAACCCCUCCACCCAUCUUUACAAAUACACAAACCUACUACUCUUUUCUCAAUAACAUGGUGAUUGGAGUUCUCAGAUUUACACAUUCCAUUUUUUAAAAAACAUAUUGAAGCUCUUUUACACACCAAAAAACCAAUUGAUAUUGGUUAGUUUUUAAUGCUUGAGAUAAUGAUCAUCUGGACUUUACAUGUCUUUGAGUCACUAACUGUUAACUAAACAGCUGUACUAGUGUACUUAAAUGUGAACUGUAGAGUACUGUUACAUGUUUGAAUCUAAAUGGAGAUAAUUUAUAACAAUCCUGUCACUGUAUGACAGGACAAGUGAACCAGGGAACAGCAGUCCAGCAGUCAAAUCACAUUCAGGAAAUAAAAACCUCUGUCCUGUUUUAACCUCAGCUCUGGUUGUUCCUCAGUGCUUUUAUUGUCAGCAGCCAUAAAAACUCAGGCAGGAAGGAAGCUCCUUUUAGUUUUAGUUUUUUAAUUUCUGCUUUACGAUCAGUGCAGAAGUCAAGUGUUACUGCAGGAUUCUCCUGCAUAGACCAUAUUCUUAGAGCUGUCUCUCUGUCUGUCUGUCUGUCUGUGUGGAGACAAUGGCUUCAGUCCAACUUGACACUGGUGCUCGUCUGAUUUGCAAGACAAAAAAGGGGCAAAAGGAUUCAGUUUCAUUCAGAGUUGUCUUGUAAAUUUAAACUCAUAAAAGUUUUUUUUGCAGCA